GCAGCUACUUUUGCUGCAAGUUGGCACAGGGAGCUUUUGCGUGGCAAAAUGGAGAAAACGACUCCAUACUUUCUCUCUACCCAGUUUUUUCUUUCUUUUUCUUCCUCUCUUCUGCUGCCGUGGCUCUGUUUCCCGCUUUGGCUGUGGCACAGGGGGGAAGUGUUUAUAUGGGGGAUGAUGACAGAGGUCGGGUCGCGCUAAUGGGCCAGUGAAGAGCGGUGGAGGGAGGCGAGGAGAGGAGAGGCGUACACAGCAGACCAGGAACACAUAACAUUAAUACACUUGUUCCAUCACCAAUCAGCAUAGGGAUACCCCCUCCGUCUCCGCCAAAUACCGCUGGAAACUAAUUUUUCCUCUUCUAAACUUCCCGGGAACAAGAGAUACCAAUAUCCUGGUCGGCUUUUUCUUUUUUCUUUUUUUUUUGGCUUUUUACUUUUUGUUCCAUCAUUUUGGUGUGGAGAACGGGGCUCUGCAGCCUGUAGUUUAACAAGGUCGGAGGAUGCCCCAAAAAGAAUACCACAACCAAGCCACGUGGGAGUCUGGCGUAGCCUCGAUGAUGCAAAACAAGGUGUAUGACAUCUGUGAUGAAGGUCACAGUGGCGUAAACCAGCUUGGUGGUGUGUUUGUUAAUGGCAGACCGCUGCCGGAUUCCACCAGGCAGAAAAUAGUUGAACUUGCUCACAGUGGCGCUCGACCCUGCGACAUCUCCAGGAUAUUACAGACCCAUGAUGAAGUCCAAGUGCUGGACAGUGAAAAGGUGUCCAAUGGCUGCGUGAGCAAGAUCCUGGGCAGAUAUUAUGAAACUGGCUCCAUCAGACCGAGAGCGAUAGGCGGCAGCAAGCCCCGCGUCGCCACUCCGGAGGUUGUCGCCAAAAUCGCGCAGUACAAACGGGAGUGUCCGUCAAUCUUCGCCUGGGAGAUCCGCGACCGGCUGCUGUCGGAGGGGAUCUGCACCAACGACAACAUACCCAGCGUGUCAUCAAUAAACAGAGUCCUCCGCAACCUGGCGAGUGAAAAGCAACAGAUGGGCGCAGAUGGCAUGUAUGACAAGCUGAGAAUGCUCAACGGUCAGACAGGAACUUGGGGGACCCGGCCAGGCUGGUACCCGGGAACAUCAGUGCCAGGGCAGCCCAACCAAGAUGGCUGCCAACAACAGGACGGCGCAGGAGAAAACACCAACUCCAUCAGCUCGAACGGGGAGGAUUCGGAGGAGACGCAGAUGCGCCUGCAGCUCAAGAGGAAGCUGCAGAGAAACCGCACGUCUUUUACGCAAGAGCAGAUCGAGGCGCUGGAGAAAGAGUUUGAAAGAACGCAUUAUCCAGAUGUUUUUGCACGGGAAAGACUAGCGGCAAAAAUCGACCUGCCAGAAGCAAGAAUACAAGUAUGGUUCUCAAACAGAAGAGCAAAAUGGAGGCGAGAGGAGAAGCUGCGGAACCAGCGCCGACAGGCCAAUAACUCCUCCAGUCACAUUCCCAUCAGCAGCAGCUUCAGCACCAGCGUCUACCAGGCCAUCCCGCAGCCCACCACACCGGUGUCUUUCACCUCGGGGUCAAUGCUUGGAAGGCCUGACUCUGCACUUACAAACACCUACAGUGCGUUGCCUCCCAUGCCCAGCUUCACCAUGGCCAACAAUCUACCUAUGCAACCCAGCCAGACCUCCUCUUACUCCUGCAUGCUGCCUACCAGUCCGCCUGUGAAUGGGCGGAGCUACGAAACAUACACGCCCCCUCAUAUGCAGGCACAUAUGAACAGCCAAUCAAUGACCACUUCUGGUACCACCUCAACAGGACUCAUCUCUCCUGGAGUGUCUGUCCCUGUCCAAGUCCCAGGGAGUGAGCCUGACAUGUCUCAGUACUGGUCAAGACUACAGUAGAGAGAAGAGCUACUUCACCCUGUAAGCACCCACUCCACCAUCGCCCUCCGGCAGUGCUCCUCACACAUACACAGCACAGGAGAGUGGGGGGAAAAAAGCACGAGAGGGUUGAGGAAGAGGAAAGAAGGAGAGGGACUCUGGGAGAGCCUUGGGACGCCUGGGCUUUGUUUCCCCCUGCUGGGACAGUGUGCUGUUGUGUAACUCCAGGCACAUUCAAACCCGGACUUGGAAGAGAGACCAACAGUGGAAAGAGAGAGAGAAAAAAUGGACCUCUGUAAAGUGCCCGGUGUUAAAAUUUUUAUGGAACAAAAACUUAUCCGUUCUUUUUCUAUUUCCAGCUUCAGUCAUGUUCCCCCUUUUUUUCUCUGAUGUCUUUGUAAAUGGCCAUUUCUAUGUUAAUAUGAAAAAAAAGAAAAA